UUUGUCGUGCAAAUUUGUAGGGCAUCACUAGAAUUUCAAUACCUCGCUCGGUCCAAGCCGCGCGCUCUUUGUACCCCUGACAAGAGGCGACCCCAAGCUACGCGAAGCAGCAGCAGCAACUAAAUGAAGAUCGACGAGGUCCAAUCCACCUCGAGGAAGCAGCGCAUCGCUACCCACACCCACAUCAAAGGCCUCGGCCUCGAUGCUUCCGGAAAUGCAAUUCCUUUGGCUGCGGGGUUCGUCGGGCAGGUGGCUGCUAGAGAGGCAGCGGGCAUUGUGGUGGAUAUGAUAAGGCAGAAGAAGAUGGCUGGAAGAGCACUUCUGCUUGCUGGGCCUCCUAGCACUGGCAAAACUGCCCUAUCUCUAGGCAUUUCUCAGGAGCUUGGGAGCAAGGUUCCCUUUUGCCCUAUGGUUGGAUCAGAAGUGUACUCAUCCGAGGUCAAGAAAACUGAGGUUCUUAUGGAGAAUUUUAGAAGGGCUAUUGGUCUUCGAAUUAAAGAAACCAAGGAAGUUUAUGAAGGAGAGGUAACAGAACUUUCGCCAGAAGAGAGUGAUAAUUUAACUGGUGGGUAUGGGCAAAGCAUUAGUCAUGUAAUCAUUGGGUUAAAGACUGUUAAGGGAACCAAACAGCUGAAGUUAGAUCCAACUAUUUAUGAUGCUUUGAUAAAAGAAAAGGUUUCUGUUGGUGAUGUUAUCUACAUUGAAGCAAAUAGUGGUGCAGUAAAAAGAGUAGGUAGAUGUGAUGCUUUUGCUACAGAAUAUGAUCUCGAGGCGGAAGAGUAUGUUCCUAUUCCUAAAGGGGAAGUUCAUAAAAAAAAAGAGAUAGUACAGGAUGUUACACUACAUGAUCUUGAUGCUGCAAAUGCUCGUCCACAAGGAGGACAGGAUAUAUUAUCCCUUAUGGGCCAGAUGAUGAAGCCUCGUAAAACUGAAAUCACUGACAAACUGCGACAAGAAAUUAAUAAGGUUGUUAAUAAAUAUAUUGAUGAAGGCAUAGCAGAGCUUGUUCCUGGUGUGCUGUUUAUUGAUGAGGUUCACAUGCUAGACAUUGAAUGCUUUUCUUACUUAAAUCGUGCUCUGGAGAGCACAAUAUCACCUAUAGUGAUUUUUGCUACCAACAGAGGAAUAUGUACUGUCAGGGGCACUGACAUGACUAGUCCACAUGGCAUUCCUGUAGAUUUGCUAGAUCGACUGGUCAUUAUAAGGACAGACACUUAUGGUCUCACUGAAAUGAUCCAGAUAUUGGCUAUUCGAGCUCAGGUUGAAGAGAUUGAUAUAGAUGAAGACAGUCUAGCUUACUUAGGGGAGAUUGGCCAACAAGCAUCAUUAAGGCAUGCAAUCCAGCUGUUAUCCCCUGCAAGCAUUGUGGCCAAAACUAAUGGAAGGGACAGGAUUUGCAAGGCUGAUCUCGUUGAAGUAACUACUCUGUAUCUGGAUGCUAAGUCUUCUGCAAGGCUUCUUCAGGAGCAGCAAGAAAGAUACAUUACCUGAUUAGAUAUAUCCCCCCUUGAUAGCUCAGGUAUUGUCUUUUCUUUGAAGAGACAGAGAUGCCUAGUUUCUAACGCCGUUUGGUUUGUAGUAUGAACGAAACAUAGACUUUGCUUCAUCUAGACGACAUCUUGAGGUGUGCGCAUCAAGAAAUACACCAUCUUGUUGUUCAUGUGAGAAAUUCUGAUUUCAUAGUGAUAUUUGUUUUUGAUCUCAUAUCA